CCUUAACAAUGGCUCUAUCUGUUUCCGUCAGUGCUAACAAAGUCACACUAACAGACCCUGGAGAACAGUCCCCCAUUCAGGCCCGGUCCACCGGGGUGGGCGUUAGCCUCGGCCCGCCCACGCAGCACCCUGGCACUGCUCAGGGCUCCUGGUGGCCCAGCUGCACCUCUUCACAGGCAUGGCCGUCAGGAAGGGCACGCUUAAGCUGCACUGGAUCCUCGUGUUCAGCACUGCGGCAGUUGGCUGGUGCUCUGCUUCGACAUACGAGGCCGUGGAGGGGGGGUCGGUCGUCCUGCCCUGCCGAUACUCCGUGAAACAGCACGGACUGAGCCACCUGUGCUGGGGUCGAAGCUGUGGCACGUUCUGGUGCCAUGACAUCCUCCUGCAGGCUGACGGCGAAGGCAUCAUCUCCAAGGUCUCCGAGAAGUACCGCUUCACCGGCGACGUGCUGGCCGGACACGUGGACCUGAUCAUCCCGAGGGUGAAGGCCCCAGACGGUGGGCCGUACUGCUGCCGGGUGGACAUCGACGGGUACUUCAACGACAAGAAGAUCUCCCACAUAUUAACGAUUGUAAAAGCUCCAGUAGCAAUGACAUCGUCACUGGCUCCAGUGACACACGUCACAAAGCCGUAUACUACAACAUAUGGGUGGAUGAGAACUAAGCCGUGGCCUUCAGAGACUGUGCAACGCAAAUCCAGUCCACCCAAACCUCGGGUUAUAGAGGAGAAACCUCUCCCCAGCCCCUCCCUACGGAUCAACGUCCCUGUGCUCUCUUUUUCUCUCAGCGUGCUCCUGGUACUCCUUGGAUUUCUGGCCCUGAUGGGAUUAAAACGUGAGAUACAAAAAAGAAAAUCGAAAACAGAAAGCCAGACAGCUGUGGAACCUCCUCACAUCAUCCACGAGAUCCAGACCAGAAAACCUCUAGAAGAGAACAUCUACACCCUGGACUGAUUUACCUUUGAAUCCAGUGAGCACUGCGGUGAUCUCAAACAGCCAGUGCGAUGACAAAGGACACUGUCCGGUAACCGAGGCACCACCUAUGUGUCGUACCGUCAUAGGAAGCACUUAAAUAUCGUUUUGUGGAACUAGGUUUGGCCAUGAGCUGAAGAAACUGCUGGAUCCUUGCAGUAACGAUGUUCAAAAGUAUAUUGUAAGGGAGUCUUGCCAGUGUGUUAACAACGUGUGUGAAACUAUAAGCGUCUAACAGUGAGGUGUUGCUGAUGUUUCUCUAUCAUGUAACAAAUUAAUCCUAAUUCCAACUGAACGAGUGAAGGUGAAGUAUCAUUCUUGGCCGCAGUGCUUCACUACUUCAUGAUCUCAGUAAUGAACCAGCCCUUAAAAACGCUUCCCAAGUGCAAGCUUAUGCAUUUCAGUUCCCUUGUUCAAUUAAGGAACUAAGGGGGUGAAAUUUUCUCAGAUUUAAUUUGCAAGAUCUACACCAGCUAGUAUUGAGAAGAGAUCUCCCCCCCCAGGAGAAAUGAUAUCCGUUCUGUCCCACAGGAAACCCAGCUGCACGCAGUGCUCUUCCCUGGCUUUGCUGAAUAUGUAUAGCCCUCCAAAGAGUGGUUAAGGACAGGUGUUUUUAACCAGAACGUUGCUGGUUCAUGUCCCAGAUGGCACUGCACAAUGUGCUUUAACCCGAAAGCCUUCACUACAAAAUCCUGCUGAAAGUGUUCAAUAAAAACCAAGGCCAUCGUUGUCA